AUGGCUCGGAAGUGGACAAGCGACUGCGAAGCUGAGAGAGUACUGCGACAGUUGUUCGAAGAUGGCACCGUUUCUUCUGGAAGCUCUCCUGGGUUUGUUCGUGCCCUCGCCCUCGACAUCUUCAACCAGUUCAGUGACGCAGUGUUCAACAUCCACCUCCGCCUGACCAAGAUCAAGUCCAAGUUUACGUCGGAGCUCGAAAACACGGCGACCAAAGCAAAAACGUAUGCCAAGAUCCAGGCAUUCGCAUUUGCAAUGCAAAACCACCGUCAGAAUCAACAAACAUCCCCGAUGUCGACCCAGCUGGUUGAUUUGCCAUUGCCUGUUAUUCCUCAUUCCUUCGAGUUCAAUGUUGGCGUCGACACUAUUGACGAGGAUGUGAUCAUCGUUGAGUUCAUGGUCCAAGGAAAUUCGUCAUCUCACGGCAAUUUCUCGCUCCAAAAGUAG